AUGGUCAACGUCGAGAGAUUAGACGCCGACGGCGAAACAUCGGGACCAAUAGACAAAGUAAAAUUAAAUAAAAAUGGUGUUAUUCCGAUUCACGAUUUCAGUACAACAUGGUUUACUAUUCUGUUAUGAUUGUCGGAUUUGGAGUGCUGAUGCCGUGGAAUAUGUUCAUCACUAUCGCUCCCGAGGUUUUUUUUUUGGAUCAUUUUAGAAAAAAGUAGAAAAAAAGAAUCUUAUAACUUCUUAUUCUAGAACAGUUUUUUCCUCAUACUGGGUGCGUUGCUAUCGAAUGAUCUCAGCAGAGCAAAAGAGUUGCGCGUGAGACGUCGCGCGGCGUUUCAGAUUAUUCAAGGCGCCUGUGAUCUUUGCUUAUGGUCAAGUACGGCGAUAAAUGUACUGGAUCGAUUAAAAUUUCAUCGUUUAUCCAAAAUAUCGAAAUUUCCAAAAGUGGAACAUCCAAAAAUGGGCAUUAUCAUUCGAUAAACCCAAUAUUUUUUUUCAAACCUCUUGCUGUUCAGAUUCAACAAAAAUUCACAUCAACUUCACUGUAGUCACUCUGACAAAGUCAUUUUUAGCAUGAAUGAAAAAUCGUACAUAAUUAGUCACGACGUUUUGCGUUCAUUCUCUAGCUGCAAUCGACAGCUGAUUGAGACUAUCACAUUUAGACCUCUAAUUGAAUAUGACAGCUGAGGUUCAAUCUGUCUGAUCUACGAUUUUUUUAUUCAAAGAAGAAGAUCAAGGAGUUCAAAACAAAAAUUAAAAAUAUUCAUUGACAUCGAUUUAUUCCAGUAUUACGUCCACUAUUGGUUCACAGUCAACGGGACGCAGACGUGGUUUUCGAAAGAGUUCAUGAGCUCUCUGAGCAUCGCCGCCCAACUUCCUAAUGCAUCCAUCAACAUUCUUAACCUGUUUCUCGUCAUUAGGUAAAUUAAUGUAGAGUUCACUCCGGAACAGUUUUUUUAUUUAGUGGUCCAUUGAUUUACCGUGUUCUCGCGCCUGUGGUUGCCAAUAUUGCAAAUGUCGCUGCCGUUCUGGCCAUGGUCAUUUUCCUCACUCCAUCUGUGGGCUGUGAGUUUUCCUUUUUCUUUCGUCCUUGGGUCAGUAUAAUAAAGAGUUAGAGUUACAGAUCCAAUUGAUGAUACAAUAAUAUCAUAUUCAGAGAAAAUCAUCGUUGGUUAUGGGUUACAAACAUCAAACAAAGCUAGUGAUUAAGCAAAUCAGAUUGGAAAAGGAUAAUUUUCAGAAUUUUCGACACGUCUUUGUUUGAAAAUUUGCAAAAUGUCAUUCGAUUUUCUCUAUUUUUGCUCUACAAAAAAGCGCUGCUUCACACAGACCUUCAAAUUUUAAACUUAAAAUAGCUACUACUGGCUUUCCCAGCCGUGUUGCGGUUUGGAACUAUUGUUGAAAAGUUCAGGACGAAUUUUACUUGACUUGAACCAUUUAAGAACAACAAAGUUGAAGAUAUCAGAUAAAUAAACGAGACUCUCAUAAAUUCAAAUUUUCCAGCAAUGGUCGCCUUCUUCUCAGCAACCAUUGUCAUUGUCGUGCUCAUCAACAUCAGCAACGGACUUUAUGAAAACUCGGUCUUUGGAGUUUUCGCCGACUUCCCUCACAACUACACGAGCGCUUUGGUCAUUGGGAACAACCUCUGUGGAUUGAUCAUUUCCAUUCUUUCCAUAAUUGUUACUAUUUGUGAGUUUAAGCUUUUCAUCUUUUCAGAAGAAUCCUUUCUUGACUAUCCUUGAAACGCUCUGUGAAAAGACCCAAGCUCUCUUCCAUGUCUUUGAGGAACAUUUUCAACUUGCACAACUUUCCAACUUUCGAAGCAUUUUCGAAACUCCUUUUGACUACAGUUUCAUGGAAAAUUGAACCAUAAAAGACCUUUUUUGAAAAUCAUAAAAUUGAAAGAUUUUAAGCUUCUGGAUAGCAAUCAAAUUAUCAAAAAGAGUUACGAACAAGGUUCAGAAUUAACUUUUUCAGUGCUUCCUGAAGAUCCCAAGUCUGUCGCAAUCGUUUACUUCGGCAUCUCCCUCUUGAUUCUGGUCUUCUGCGGUCUGGCUCUUUUGAACAUCACCCGCCAGGUUUUGAUAAUUUUCGAAGUUGAUUUUGAACCACUUCAUGUUCAGGAGUUCUAUCACUAUCACCACAUUCGUGGAAUGGAAGUUCGUGAGAAGGCGUCGCACGAGAAACCGUCGCCAGCGAUCUUGUGGAGCGCUUUCACGAGUGUGAGUGUUCGUUUUGAAAAAAAAAUCAAUAUCUGAUCAGCUUCUCUUUGGGGCAAGUCCCUUAACAAAAAAUCGUUCAGAGCUGGCCCCAGCUUUUCAACGUUUGGUUCUCUUUCUCCGUGACCUUGACGAUCUUUCCGGUCAUGACGACGGCUACGUCGAGAUCUUCCGACGCGGAUAUUUGGGAUUCCUACAUUCCUGGUAAUUGAGUGAUAUCACUGAUUCCAUUUUCAAAGUUUUAUUGAAGAUCAUCUGUUCGUCCACGUAACAUCCUUCUUGGUCUUCAAUCUGUUCGCCUUUUUUGGUGCCACUCUGACGUCAUACGUUCAUUUCGUGAGUUUUCUGUACUGACAAAAAUGAAAAAUACGAAAAAUAUUCAGCCGUCUCCUCGGUAUUUGUGGAUUUUGGUCACUCUUCGGGCUCUAUUCGUCCCAUUCUUCUUUUUCUGCAAUUAUCGUCUAGCUGAUCGAGUGUAUCCUGUUUAUUUCGAAUGUAACAAAGACUUUUUAUCUCAUGAAUACCUAUCCCAUUCAGCCACUGGAAGUUUCAUUGCUGGAGGAGUUCUGAUGGCGUUGACAUCUGGUUACUGUAGCUCUCUAUCUAUGAUUUACACUCCCAGGUAAGAAAAUAACGGGGAUUUCAGAGGGAUUGGAUCACACUUGCUUUUCAGAGUUGUUCAGCCAUCUCUGUCUCGAUUUGCCGCUCAGCUUUCUGUCUGUUGUUUGAUGCUCGGUAAGAGUUAUUUUUGGGCUUUGAAAUGAACUAUGUUUUAUCACAGGUCUCUUCAGUGGCGCCACUUUCUCUCUGAUCAUUGGACGUCUUAUCGCAUGGGCAUAA